AUGGCCACAGACAGUCAGGAAGAUUCUCAGAGAGAGUUUGACAUUCCCCAUUGGUUGAGCUACGUCGUUCUGUUUUCCACGAGUUCAUCAUUUUUCUUCUCGCUGGUCUCCAACUCUAACCCGUUCUUGACAAGCAACACUGGGUAUGCGCACGGAGGUGAUAUGUACUCGCAUCAAGUCGAAGCACUUUACUUGAAAGAACUUCUUCAAAGUGGAACAACUGAUCUUUGGUUCGAUGAAUUAACACUGGGCUACCCUUUAUUUCUUGCCUAUCACCCACUUCCGUGUCUGCUUAAUGCCAGUCUCAUGAUCUUAGCAGAAUCGUAAGUAAAACUCUGCUUUAAUUCAAUCGGUCAAGUAGAGAGUUUCAGGGGGCGAGUGGGAUAACAACACGGAAAAAAAAUCCCCAAAAAAGGAAAAAACAGACGAUACAUUGAAAUAAGUGAUAUUCUUUUACUGGUCUUGUAGUUUUCAAGGAAUGACAAAACGGUUUUAUUGUCAAAAAAAUUGCAAAGUCUUUCCUUAAAGUUUCGGUGCCCAUGAGAUUACGUCCAUUUUAUAAUUUAAAUAAAUUCUUAUUCAGUGUUACGUAACUAAUGUAACUUACGUAAAUUAAGUUGUUCCCUUGACCGGCAACUCAUUACUUGGACAUUUUCCUUUCAAUUCAUAUAAAGAGACUGUAUAAAGUCGCUUACUAAACGGCAAACCAAAAGAAAUCACUGAAGUUUAUUGUUUUAAGGAAUGGCAACAACUCUGAAAUGGUGAGAGUUGUUCAAGGUCACUUGUUAAAAAUCCUGAUAGUCACAUUUACUUUAUUAUGUUUUGAAAAACACAGGGAUGUUUUUCUUCAAAUUUCACUUGGGAAAUCAUUCUGUUGGGCUUAAUUCCUUUGAAGCGAUUAUCAUUUAAUCCGUGCAGUGGCAAUGCCAUGCACGUGGAAAGAUUUUCAGUCAGUUAAAAAGCCUGGUAAGGAUAAUCUUUGCGAGAAGAAUUCAACAGGGUGGUAAAAUGUAUCACACCUUGGAUAGAAAGGACAUUUGUUUAGCUUAUGAGGAAGUGAAAAUAGUUCCUUGACAAACAACUUUGCUCUGGGGACGCAAAGCUGUUAUUGUUGUAAAACUAACAGUUUAUUUUGUUGACUGACUGGAGGAGUUCAUCUUAGCUUACAAUUUUGUUUGAAGAUUAAAGAAAACUAGUCAAACGAACUAGCUGUGAAAAAAUGCCACGAUAGCCUGAAAUAAUCACAUCUUGAAGUAUAUGGGUCGAAGGAAUUAUAUUCUGAUGAUCGCAAUAUCUGUAUAUCUCAGUAAUCUGUUGAGCAGAAGCUUUAUUUGUUAGAAUUUUUGGAACCCCAUUAAGUAAAAGACCUCUUACACUGGCAAGGGCCAUGAUUAGUUACAUACAAGGAAUUGCAGAAAACAAUGGCACUUCUUAUUGCUUGUCUUCGUUGUCGGAUAUUGGUCCCUUUUAAUGUUGGUCAGUUUUUGUUAUCAGGUGGUCUAAAUUGCUUGUAAUGAUUUUUGACUUUCUAAAAUACUAAUGUCAGCUGCGCUUUUAUGUGAGGUUUUCCUGUAUUCAAAACAGGUUGAGACAAAAGUAAAUGUAGGAAAAUCAACUUGUGCAAAUUGGGUAAAAUGUUACUUCCCAGAAUCACGUUUUUAUGCUAUAACAAAUAGGAAAAACUUUGGGCAACUCACCCAGUUUAGUCCGAUGGAAGUCAAUUCCAAGUGGUCCCUAAUUGCUCGUCCUAAUCUAUAAUAGAAGCUUGAUAAUUCCCGUAACACUUGACUGUAAAUGUAAGCUGUGUGCUGCUGAUACUAGUCAAACCAUGGUGGCAUCCAUGAAGUCCAAACACGUGCACACCAUUAAACUGAACUGUUUAACGGCUGGUGAUUUCCACCUUUCCUGUCGUUACUCAUUAUUUUCUAGUAAACUUGAACUACGUAGUGGGGUUUUUAACUACCACAUACUUACAACUUAGAAUAUACAAGAAAGGACAUAAACUUUCGUGUUCUAGUUUGACGGUGAAGUUUCUGUGUGGGCAAUAAAUGUGAACGUUGAUAUUGCGUUUAAUCUGUACGUCUCAUUGUGACAGAGUGGUCCAGCUAAACGACAAGGUGAUUGUUUUAAAACGAUCUAAUGAUUUGUUUUUUUGUAAAAAAGAAGUAAACCUUAGCUUGAAAUCACCUGAAACAGCACUUUUAAAAUAGUUUCUGAAGUCUUAAGAAACUACAUAGGCCUCCAUCUUUGAGCAUCUUUAGUUUUUCCGGAUUCAACACAGAUACGUGCUAUUUCAGUUAAAAGAACAAAGGUUCAUUACAAGUUUAAUGUGCAUCUCAACUAGAACUUUGAACUAAUGCGUGUGAAAGAUUUUAAUGGCAGACCCAAGUAGCACUUUCAUUUAAAACUAUUAAAGCAAAUCAAGACAAACUCAAAUUGGAGCCCUUUUCUCGUGUCGUGAGAAACGCGCUUGAUAUUUUUACUUGAACUUUGCAGCAUAAUGCCCACGCGAAGCAAUGUUUGAAUGGGUGCGUGUAAGGUCAACAGCGGCUCAAAAUUAAAAUUCCCAAUAUUACAGUGGCUCAUUUUCAACCUGUAUCUCAACCGAAAUGUUAGGAGCUUUCAACAUAUAUGUGUGUGAAAAACUGAAAAAAAAAACAUAGAAACUAGAUAGAUGAGUUCAAUGAAAUGAUGAUACCGUGACUGUUUUUCUGUGAAAAACACGAGUAACAUAAACCCACAAAUUGCUCACAGAAAAACAUGUACUAAAUCUGAAAUUUGUAGUAAUUACCGUUAGACUUCUUUACUGCUUUUUUGAAAACUCUAAACUGUGUUAUAUUCAACUAUUUAGGCAUUUAGAUUUUUCCAUUUAGUAAUAUCUAAACCAAAAAGUGUUUUUGAGAAUUAACUUCGGUUCGACAGUCAAGCUUUCAAAGCUUGUAGCGAUGGCUCUGUUUUUCGUUUCCCUUUUUGUUGAAGGAAAUGUAAUCUUCAAGAUUUGCAGUAAAGUAAACUUUUGAUAAAUUUUAAUAAUUGCAGUAAGGCGAGGUAAUCUUUACGGAGAUAGAAAGUUGGAAAAUUUAGAGUUUAGUAAGCCCGGUCUCACAUGGAGUGUCACAAUGAUUCCCCGCGAUUACGGACAUGAUCGAGUUUGUGAGAAAGAUGCUUGUUUCGAAUUCCAAACAAGACAAGCGUACUCUAGUAAUUUAUUAUGGACUCACAAGAAAUUUGUGCUCGGUACAAAAAGCUUUUAUAGAACACUUCCAAUGCAAACGUGCGCGUGUUUAUGCCCAUUAAUUGACCUGUUUCACCUGGCGACGAUUGAUAAAGCGUGGGAUCUCCGUAAAAGAUCAUCAAAGAGAAAAACUCCGAGAUGUUUGUGUGGUGUAAGCACUCUCAUAUACCAUAUACUAAUAUUUGACGGCCGGCGUUAGUUCUUAACAACCAUGUCCAACACUAAUCUCCGAUUCGUUGAAGGCUUUCUUGAGGGAGGAACACGAUAGACUACUUGAGUAUGGCAAGCACAGAUUUCAGUAGGAUUUGAUAGACGAUUAAUAUCAUAGGUCAUCAUAAACAUACACGAUGACUAAAAGAGUGCCUACUAUGCUUCGUUGUGGAAUUCCAGACAAGAACGGUGCCCCGCACUCAUCCUUCCAUUAAAAGACGUUGAAAAUGACCAGUACUGAGGUAAUAAGUCAACAGCGAGGGAGGAGAACUGGUUAUACCAACUCUUUCUUACUAUAAAAUGACGUGGUUGUGUGAACUGAAUCGAUCGAAAGCUUGGCCGAUGUACAUCAAACAAAUACUACAUCAGUAGUUUGUCUGUUGACCAGUACCCUUAUCUCACAAGUGCAAAAGAAGGGUUAGUUGCGAUGUGCAGGAGAAGCGAGGACGCCAAGGCAGUGUGAGUUGAGUUCUAUAAACGCGGAAAUUGAUUGUUGUCCAACUUUACUUGGGAUUUUACCAAAAGACCUGUCGGAGAGAUGGAACGAUAGUUGAAGACUUGUUCCUUUUCGCCUCUUUUGAAAACGGGAAUGUUCUAUGUGAGCAGAUUGAAGAGGAUAAAAUUUCGCCAUAUAUAUUAUUGCAGUGGCUUCGUGCAUGAGGAGAUAUAUGGUCUGAUAUGCUACGGGACCAUGGGCUCCCAGUCCAAAAAUGUUUUUAGUAAAUCAAACCACUGAGCAAUUCGUCUACACCCUAAGAACGAACCAGGACUAGAGGUGUCGUUUGUCUGUAAGGUUGUAGGCCAUCUUAAUGAAACUGCUGUUAGGAACUUAUUUAAUAGCUGAGCCUUGUCGAAGCCACAGUUAACUUUUCGGCGCUGUUGAGCGACUAGCCCGCCUACAGACGUCCCUUGUUUCCUUUGUGUGUUGUUGCAUGUGCAUUAUCGACCGUCAGUGUUUUUUCCAGUAGCUUUUCGUGAGCUCGUGUUUGCUUUGCUUCUAAUCAAGUUGAACUCGCUAGUUUACAGGCCGCCUAUGCUUGUUAAUUGGCAGAUUUGAAACUGUUAAUCGAAUUUUCACUGAACUGUAAGAGAGCGUAAAUAGCAAUGCGUUGGAAGCAAAACUAAACGUAAAUUAGCAUCUAUUUGUUGCUUGCAUGGUAGGUAAGUGCUCUGUUUGUUACAUUUUGGUAACCCAACGGUUUAAUUAUGAGAAACUUUUCAUAUAUUAGAAUAUUGAUACAAUAUCCUGUGAGGAAAAACACACUGACAUAUUGUAAAAGGACAAAAAUUGAAAUAUGUGGUGGCUAACUGACUUUCAGCUGCGCAUUUCUAUAUAUAUCGAUGUUCUUUAGUUUGUCUUGCUCUCAGGGGCUUUGUAUUUAUGCUUGGUGCAGUAGUUUUUAGCGGAAAAUUCGUUUCGUUGAAGCAUUAAGUGGAUGAUAGAUCUCCGUCUGACAUUUGAAUACCAACCUUGUUUCUUGAUUUUCUGUAUUAUUAUAGUUGUUGUACAGCAACAAGUAGAUAAGGAGUACUGCUGAAUGUCAUAAUGAGACAAAAAAGGGGUAAAAAUUGCAAUUCCCCAAACGGAAUUGAACCUCUAAUGUUGUAGAUUUUGACUUAGUGAAAUCAUAGGAUUCCAGCUGGUAAAUAUGGAAGGUCACUAGUUUUAUUCCCGCUCCUGACUCAGGAUUUCCUUCUUUUCUCAUAAGAUCUUGACUUUGACCGGACUCUUCUCGAUUUAUUGAGGCUAAAAUAGACUUAUAUCGGGACUAGGGCAAAAAGAGUCUUCGAUCCGGAGUCGCAUCCCUGAAGAGCAAACACGUGCAUACCAUUAAAACUGUUUUACAGCUUAUGGUUUCCUCCUUUCUUGUCGUUAACCAUUAUUAACCACUAACUACGUAGACUCUUGCAGUGCUCCAAACUCAACUUUUACAAAGUUGCCUUUAUACGAACUGAAAUUAUACAAUGGUUGUCGGAAUGCAAUAUUUCACGAAGGUUCUGAAAUAGUUUCAAUGGCUACCUAGCUAUCGCAAUGGAAUUUGGAGUUGCACGCAACAUCUCAAGGCAGGCUUCAUAUCUCGACAACCAGGGCAAAAGAGGCGAAUUAUGGAGAAACACAGAGUAAAUAAUAUUUCGUGCAAAGUUUUAGCUUACUUUAACUUAAGAAAGACCACAAACACUAACUAAUUCACUACAGCUUGGCACAUGACUACCGAACAAAGGUCACCAAAUCGGCGACUUUCAAUGUAAUUUUAGUUAAUAGAUUACAAUUACAAUUUAGGAUAUACGAAAAAGGACAUUGAAUUUCAGUUCGCGUUAUUGAAGAUGAAUUUUCUGUCUCGGAAAUAGAUAUGGAAUUUAGUAUUGCGUGUAAUCAGUACUUCUCUUUCGUGAGAAUGAGUGGUCAAACUAAACGGCAAGGUCACUGUUUUGAAACGAAAUAAUACUUUGUUGUUUUAAAAAUGUUAACCUUAGAUUUAAGCUAAGGUUAACAUUUUAAAAAAUCCCUGGAAAUAGCGCUUAAUGGUUUUCUGAACUGCAGUCUUCACAAACUGCAUGGGCCUCCAUUUUUGAAAAUAUUUACUUUUUCCGGAUUUAAUAUGGACUGAGAUACGUGGUACUAAUAUAGCAGAACAAACGCUCAUUGUUAAUCUGGAUCUCAACUAGAACUUUGAACUAAUGCGUGUGAAAGAAUCUAAUGACCGUACAAGUAGUUUUUAAUUCUUAAAAGAAUCAAAGCAAAUCUAUAGAGACUCCAAACGGAAGCCCUUUUCCUGUGUCAUGAGAAACCUCCUUUAUUGCUUACUUGACGUACUUGAAUUUCUAUGCAAUAUGAAUACGUGCGUCUUAGGUCAACAGUGGCUUAAAACUGAAAUUCUUGGUACGGUAUUUAACGACUUAUUGGCGUCUUUUGAUCUGAAACAAUGGGUAACUACGCCUACUCACGCCAGUGGACAUACUUUGGAUCUUAUUAUUACUAGAAAUCAGUGUGGAGUUUUAGGAGACAUUAGGGUUGUGGACCCUACGAUCUCUGAUCAUUGUACUAUUUUUAUGAGUUUGUUAGUGCAUAAGCCUCAUCUUCAAAGAAACACUAUUCGCUAUAGGAAGCUGCGCACGAUUGAUUAUGAAGAAUUUAAUAUUACUCGUGGAAAGUCUCCCUUAUUUGAUGAAGAUCUUGAUUCGAUGGUUGAUUUAAAUCAUUCUGUUUUGAAAUUUACUCUUAAUGCCUACGCUCCUGAAAAGAAGCAUCUCGUAGUUCACCGUCCAUGUGCGCCCUGGUACUCUGAUGAGUUUAGUGUACAAAAGAAUAUUAAGAGGAAGCUUGAACGCAAAUGGCAAUCUUCAAAAUUACCUGCAGGCAGAGAACGUUAUGUUUUCCAGAACUGUGUUGUUAACAACAUGAUUGUCUCAGCUAAGCAGGAUUAUUAUUCAACCAAGAUACAGGAGAACUCUGGGAACACUGGAAUUCUUUUCAAGACAGUAGAGAAACUUCUAAACUCCAACCUCGCCCAACGUUUUAGAUCUGGCACUGACAAUUUUUCUGAAUCAUUUGUAGAUUUCUUUGCCAACAAAAUUGUCAGUAUUCGCAAUUAUGUUGACACGUUUUCUCGAAUUCCGAAUGACAGCCCUGUAACACCCUGUAGUACUAAAACCGAGUCCUGUUUUACCUGUCUGUUUUUUAGUGAAUUCAGGCUGGUUGAUGAGGAAGCGAUCUCUGGUUAUGUAAACAACCUGUGCACAAAGUCCUGUGCACUUGAUCCUAUUCCAUCGUCUGUGUUUCAACGGUGUCAGCAUCGACUAGUUCCGAUAAUAAUUCGUAUUGUUAACUUGACGCUUUAAGGUGGCCAAGUACCCGAUAGAUUCAAAGUGGGCGUGAUUAAGCCAUUGUUAAAAAAGAGCGGUGCUGAUCAUGAGAACUUUUCAAAUUUUCGGCCAGCAUCGAAUUUGUAUUUUCUAUGUAAAGUCACAGAGAAAGCAGUUGCAGCACAAUUAUGUGAUCACCUUAAUGGUAACGGGGGUUUCCUUGAAGAAUUUCAAUCAGCGUAUAAAUGUUAUCACAGUACUGAAACCGCACUUGUCAGAGUCCAUAAUGACAUUUUGAAAGCUGUUGACGACAAAAAAUCUGUUAUUAUACUAUUGCUUGACUUAUCGGCUGCAUUUGAUACUGUCGAUCACACGAUCUUGGUAUCAAGACUGGCGAAUCGUUUCGGCAUUAGAGAUACUGCUCUUAAUUGGUUUCGUUCAUAUCUUCGGUUACGUAAGCAGAGCUAAGCAGUUUGUUUCUGUUAAUGGUAUUGAUUCGUCACUUAAAGAUGUACAAUACGGAGUACCGCAAGAAUCCGUGUUAGGUCCUUUACUAUGUUCACUUUACACAAGUCCAUUGGGUGAUAUAGCCAGAAAGCAUGGCAUACCAUUUCAUCUGUAUGCAGAUGAUACACAGGUAUAUCUCUUGUUUACGUCUAACUGCCCCAACCAUACAUCCAACGAGAAGGAGACGGCUGAGCUGUGUGUUAAAGAUAUUGGCGACUGGAUGCUGUGUAAUAAACUUAAGCUGAAUCAAGAUAAGACGGAACUUUUAGUUGUUAGUUAAAGAUAUCAACCACGUCCUCCCCUCAACCACAUCUAAAUCGGAGAUGAUGUUAUCGGUCCCUGUGAACAUGCUAGGAAUCUAGGAGUUGGAUUUGAUCAUUAUUUCGAUUUUAGUGAGCAGGUUAAAAUGACCUGGAAGAUCGCGUUUUUCUACAUUUGCGGUAUUACCAAAAUUAGGCGAUAUUUAUCCCAUAACACUGCCAAAACAAUUGUUCAUGCUUACGUAACCUCGCGUUUAGAUUACUGUUAUGCCCUGUACCAUGGUCUUCCAAAGCACCUGAUUGAUAGACUUCAACUUGGGCAGAAUUCAGCAGCUAGCCUUGUUAGCGCGUCGAGAAAGCAUGAUCAUAUUACACCGAUUCUUAGGCGUUUACACUGGCUCCCUGUGCGCUAUAGAAUAUUAUUUUUAAAAUAUUGUUACUGACUUAUAAGGCUCUAAUCGGUCAAGCACCUAGCUACAUCUGCUGAAGUAUAGGAACUCGGGCCGCGUUUUACGAUCUUCAAACAAGCAUUUGCUUGAUGAGCCCGUGGCUGCAUAUAAAUCUUUGUAAUAAAGGCCUGGGUCGUAAACGUUUCGAUCCAAGCCAAUUUUAGAAGGAUUUGUAUGGAGUCAACAGAGCAUAAAGGUGCUUAUAUCUCCCCGCCAAUUUGCACAAGAAGGUUGAUUUUAGGCAAGGGUUUUUUUUUUAUCUUGUUCUUUCUAAAUAUGCUAUCCAAUCUCAUAAUUUCACAAAUUUGAAUUUUUGUGACGUCACAAUUCCCUUCUCUAUGGUAGUCUUUGAUAUUUGAGGCAUGGGCCACUUUUAGUUAGAUAUUGUCCGAUGACGGACACCGACUUUUAUUUGUAGCCCUGUAUACAGUUGUGAGAGGAAAGCACUAAAAGGUAAAAUUCUCCCCAAGGAAACUACAUUAUGGAACAUGUAUGCAAAUCAAAAUGGGAGAGGGGACCUUGUGGUCGCGUGAAGGACUUAUUUUGGGAGGUCACAAACAGAUAACCUUCAACAGUUUUUAACUCGAGACUUGAAAACGGCAGGACAAGCCUUCCUAUUAGAUGCAGCUCCGAAACGUCUUUUAAGAGUUAAAACACCCUCAAAAUGUGAAACCUAGAGCAAAUUUAUAAGGCGGAAUUAAGUUACAUUAAUUGUGAAAAAGUGGUAAGAGUGAGAUAUUUGGCUAUGCUUUUGCGUGACCACCUUGUUCAUUUUCGCGCGAACGAUUGUCAAGCACACGAUAAAUGAGAUACUUGCUCCUCUUUCUGAAGGCUUAUCUUUACUUUUUAAAGGUUUAUCUCGCCUUUGCUGUUGUUCCGUUGGACGUUCGUUCUUCUUCUCUCAUCGAUGCCCUGGUCAUGGUUCAUUGGUCUGCGUACAUUAAGGAUGACCCGUCUCGAGGCGACGUUAGCAGCCCUCUUUGUGCACUCAAUUCACAGCUGGCGUAAGUUUGGUUUGGAGUUAGAAGCAUUUCACGAGUAUGGUCUGUUUACUCAAGCUUACGGAAUGGCCAUACUUCCUCUCGCAGGUAAUCUUUUAAUCUCUUUGAUCUUUCUGAGAAUAUUGAGGGUACAGUCAACUCUCUCCAAGGCGAACACCGACCUGCACAAAGUGGCCGUCUUACCCACCUAACCCUCUCUUAACCUAACGUUAACACUAACGUCUAACUUUGGACAAAAGUUUGGAUUAGGGGAGGGGCAGAUCGGCGCAGAAUCCCAGAAUCUCAUACUAAGACAGCACGGACCAACUCUAGGUGUCUGUUAAGAGAGAGUUGACAGUAGUAGGCCCUCCCUUCCCCCAAAUCAAGAAAAUGGAAAAUGGCGCUUCUCGGCCUUCGCACUGACCGUCAUCCUUCUCGCCGCUGUUGCACAUUAAACUGGUGCGCAAAUUGAGAACCCCCUCUUCCCCAAAUCAAGGGUGCGAACAUGGCCUUUUUACCUUAGUGGGGCUUCUUCCUACUUGGCGAUUGUGCACACUAGAACCGUGCAUAAAGUUAGAUCUUCCUUUAAAAUAUGUUAUCAUGUUGUGUUCUGUAGACUACUAGACUUCGCUAUCAAGUAACAACUGUAUUAUGCGCUGCAUGUACCCCACGUUAACUGUUAAGGGCGAGAAAAAAGCGCGGCGAGAAAACGAGCUAGUUUGAGCUUUUAAUUGUGAAUGGUUGAGGAGGUGGCGCGAAAUAUUUUAGCCAAUAAUAACGCUUAGGAUCUAUCCAAUCACAAGACGUAGAAAAAAGGAUAAACGUAUUGCAUUAUACAGCCAAUUACUGAUUUAAAAGUGUGCAAAUAGUAGGUAACGGCUUGCUGUAGUUCUCUUUUGAUUGCUUGGCUGAGUUAUAGGUUUUUACCUUGUUUCUUUACUACCUACAAAAAGGUUUCGGAAAAUGCGGUUAGAAAGUAAAUGGAACAUGACUGUUCGGGACGUUUCGGUGUAAAACUUCCGGGAACAACGGAAAGUCUGAAAUGGUAGUCCUGUUUUCCCGGUCGGAAUGUUCCAAACGGAAAUUCGUGUUCCGUUUCUUCAAAGCCCGUCUUUGAUACCAGUUUCAGCCUUUCGCGGCCGUUUUUCGGUAAAUGUAACUGAUUAGUGCAAAUGGUGAACACAAUUCCGGGACAAAAUUUUCCAGUCUUUAAUUUGAAUUGAUUUCAAGCCGUGAACCGACCGUCACGCAGUUUGCCCAUGUAAAUGGUAAACAACCAUCGAGUAUCGUUGCAAAACACAGAGUAGACAGAGGAAAUAUAUAAAUAUUGCAGGCCACCUUCCUAUUUGCAGCUUUAAAACGCUCCAAGUCUUGAAAAUGUGAGACUUAGAACAAGUCUUUCUGGCAAAUGUGAGAUAUUUGGCUAACGUUUUGGAAGACCCAUGUUUGAAAAGAUAAGGAAAGCACCUUAUCGGAGAUGGGGUCCUAAUUCCUACAGAAGUGGUGGGGGGAAGUUGAUAAAAUAUCAAGCAAAUUUAUCUUGUGUGAUCAUGUCUGUAAUUCUCAUGACAGUCUGUUUUACAAAGCAUUGAUAUUACAAGGAGAAAUUUUAUGCUGAUCACUCCUAGGGCUUAAAGGGUUAAAUUGGGUAUCGUGGAGUAUUGUAAGUGGUAAACAAAGGAAAUGAAUGUACUUAACUUGUUACCAUUGGUAUGUUUAUUGGGUGUCUUCCCGCAUCUGACAUGUGCCUUUACAUCCUUAUAUGCAGCAGUUUUUUUCCCAUGGCUCGGCGCAGUUCUCUCGGGACUGUUUUUCCCUGGAAAACAUUAAUUCUUAACAUUAUUUUCCUACUGUUUGUUUCUCUUUAGUUGGAUUUUUAUAUCAAUAUGUACUCUACAACAGUGGUUCAAGAAACGGUACGAUCCUUCUCGUCGUCUUCAACUUCACCGCGAAUGCAUUCUUUGGUGUCUACCUCGGCAUUGUUACUGGAGUUACUCUGCUAAUAGACAUGCUUUCAAACACUAACCCACUUAGAGGAAGGCUCUUCUCGCCUUCAAUCUGGCGAGCUUUUUACGUGCAUUUUCUAAGUGUCGCAUUGCUCUCUUGGUGGAUAAUUCCGUUACUUAAUAACUUUGACUACAUGGGCGGGCUUCCGUGGAAGGGUGAAAAUGAGCAUGGCCACAGUGUUGAGUUUGUCCUCAGAAGUCUUUUGUCUGGCGAUUUGUUUGACCACGAAAGGAAAAUUCCAUUCAUCACAUUGGGAUUUUUUGCUGGGCUUGGCUGUGUUUGUUCCACGCAAGUUAAAGACAUUGGUCACCUCACAAAACGGCAAACACUUUUGAUUUGGCUUGUGUUAUUAUUUUCUGUCACCUUCUUUUUGUUUCUUGGCAGAACAUUUUCUGGGCCGUUAUACAACUUGAUUCCUUUUCACAAAGAGCUCGAAGUUUUUCGCUACAUAAUUGGACUCCAAUUUUGCGGAUUAUUGCUCAUGGCCGUGACAUUAGCUCGCAUUCUUUACUUUCUUUGCGUGUCUUUGUGCAGAAUGUCAAAGGCAUAUUUUCAAAGCAAAAAUGUCUUGAUUGUUCUUAUGUUAGUAUUUCCGCCUAUUUAUCUCAGUUCUCAGCUUCAAUAUAUCAAUGCAUGUUUCUCCAUGAUUGAGAUAGAAGGGUUUUCUGACGGACUGGAGAAACUGAAGGCAUACCCGAAAAACGGACGCUUGCUUGCAUCGAGAUUUUUAGGUGAGUUCACUUUCUUGGCAAGUUGUUUCGCAAAGAGAAUCUCUUUUAAGAGGGUCCGAAAAAACUGGACUCGUAACACAUUUGCAGCCUCCCGCGAAGGAAAGACGCCGUGA